AUGUCCCCAAAUAUCAUCACCAGUAACUGUACCCUACUUUUUCAGGGUCUACUGUCAAGUCAAAGUGAUGAAACAGAGAACAACAGAGAAGCAAUUUCAAAUUCUUCACAUGUUCACCUUCAAAUUCUGGCUAAAGGCUGUCGGGACAAAAACUUCACCUCUAAGUCAUGCCAGAAAAUCUUCUGUCAGCCUUGGGAAAAGUGUGUUCAAGGAAACUGCGUCUGCAAGCUGCCAUAUCAGUGUCCAAAGAAUGGGGAAGACGUUUGCUCAAGCAACAAUAAGAAAUAUAGGACAUACUGCCAGCUGAAAAGUGUUGAAUGUUAUCGAAGCCAAGAAAAGUUCUCACAUUUCGGGGCCUGCUCAUUGGGACAUGCUGCUGUUUCUUUUCGAACUGAUCAAAAAUCACAAGGGAUUAUUUUAUUCAGUUUCAAUCAGACCUUACGAGAUAUGCCUAUAUGCAUGAAUCAGAAGAGAUGGACAAUGCAUGAGGCAAAUGUCGUCUGCAGACAGCUCAACUUUCAAUUAGGAGCAGAGAAAAUUUUAACAGAAACAGAAUUUAUAAGUUGGCCAGAGGAUACCAAUUUUAUGAUGUGGUCGAACAGAAUGCGCUGCAGAGGAUUUGAGACAAGCCUAUCAGAAUGUUUCCGCCUCACAGACAUUGAAGAGCCACAGAAGGCAUGCAAGAAAGAAAACAUUACUGCGGUUAAAUGUUAUGAUUAUACUGCAGACAAGAAAUGCACUAAUGAAGAAUUUACUUGUGUAAAUGGAAAAUGUAUUCCACUGAAGGAUCUUUGCAAUGGCAUCGAUGACUGUGCUGACCUAAGUGAUGAGUCAUGCUGUAAAAAAUGUAAUAAUUCUCAUCACUGCAAGUCAGAUGUAUGUAUUCCAUCUUUUUCUUUAUGCGAUGGUGAAGAUGACUGCUUGGAUGGAAGUGAUGAGAAGGACUGCACUGGAAUAAAUAAACCCAAAGAUUAUAAUGAAGAAAGAAUACUGCUCAAGUCAUCACUUACUAAAAUAUCCUGUGGGAUUUCAAAUGUUACCAGAGACACACACACCUCAAAGAGAAUUAAAAGGCUUAUAGGAGGUGAAGAAGCUUUACAAGGACAAUUUCCUUGGCAAAUAGCAGUUUAUGACAAUACAAGGUUGAACUGUGGUGGAGUCUUCAUUGGUGGUUGCUGGAUUUUGACAGCUGCACAUUGUUUAAGGCUCUACCACAUAUCUGACUAUGUGAUUAGAAUUGCCAAGCACAAUAAAAGAGAUAUUGCAGAUAAUGAAGAAAUUUUACCAGUUGAAAAGAUCAUUAUCCAUCAUGACUUCAAUGCUAAAACAUAUCAAAAUGAUAUUGCCUUGAUAAAAGUGAAGCACGUUUUUUCAGACAAGGAAUGUAUUCCACUGAGUCAUGAUGUCCAACCUGUCUGUGUCCCCUGGUCUGAGUAUCUAUUCAGACCCAAGAAAACUUGCAUAAUAUCUGGUUGGGGUCAGGCACGAGAGGACAGAGUAAGCAUCCUACGCUUCGCUGAUCUCGAUAUAUUUGGAAACUGUUCAGAUAUUUACCAGUCUGAUUUUUAUGAAGGAAUGGAAUGUGCAGGAAAAAUGGAUGGAACAGUUGACGCAUGCAAAGGUGAUUCUGGGGGUCCACUAGUCUGUACUGAUGAAAGAAAUGAAGUCUACGUGUGGGGUUUAGUUAGCUGGGGUGAAGAAUGUGGAAAAUAUGGACGUCCUGGUGUGUAUACAAAGGUGUCUCAUUACUUUGAGUGGAUUAGCAGUCAUGUUGGUCGAGCUCUUAUUAGUAAAUACAAUGUUUGA